CAGUCAGUACAUCCGUCAUUCACGGGCCGUCUUGUGUAAUAAUGGAUUCCAUUCUUGUAAAUGAAAUAAACUAUUGUUAAAAAAGUUUUAUUUUUUGUUUAUAUCUCAUCUCAUUGCGGAAUAAACAUAAAAAUCCUCCUGUAGACUGUGGAUGGCACUCCUAGCCAGCGAAAUGAAGACGUACGUUUUGGGAACCGUCGGAGCACUCAUGUCCAUACUGGGUGUCACCUUUUUCUUCAUCUGGCCACCUGUUUUCGAGUCUUUACUUCACAAGCAAAUGCAAGUUACAUCAGGGUCACACACAUUUCGCCUGUGGAAGGACACCCCAAUCCCAAUGCAGAUGAGCUUUUACCUGUUCAACUGGACUAAUUAUGAAAACAUCAAGCACGAAAAGCCAAAACUUGAACAAAUAGGCCCCUACAGAUUUAAGUUAGAAGAAAGAAAAACAAAUAUUACUAUGAAUUGUAAUGGUACAGUCACAUUUCAAAUCCAAAGGCUGUGGUACUUUGAUGCUGAAAACUCAAACGGAACAUUAGAUGAUUAUGUCACGACUCUCAAUGCUGUUGCGAUGAGUGCUGCUUUUACCGUCAGAGACUGGUCCGAAUUUAUGAAGUUAUCAUUUGGCUUUGGAGUGGUCAGAGUUAAUACCAAACUCCACGUAACUGAAAAAGUUGGUGAAAUUUUAUUUGACGGCUAUUCUGACCCUCUGAUUGACAUUGCGAUGUCUCUCCCUAAUAUGAUGGGCGUCAAUAUACCAUAUGAUAAGUUUGGAUGGUUUUAUAAAAGAAAUGGAACAAGUGAUAGUGAAGGUGUUUUCAAUAUGGAUACAGGUGAAAACAAUAUUUACAAUUUAGGUAAACUUCAUAACUGGAAUUACAAGCCAACAACUGACUUUUAUCCUGAUGGUUGUGGAAUGGUCAAUGGCUCUGCCGGAGAGCUCUUUCCACCCAAACAAACCAAAGAUAAAAAGUUACAGUUUUAUUCGCCAGAUCUUUGCAGAUCUGUCAGCCUCUCGUUCAAAGAAGAAGUCGAAGUACACGGCAUAAAGGGAUAUAAAUACACCGGGGACGAGUAUACUUUUGACAACGGUACCCUUGAUCCGAGCAACGAAUGUUUCUGCGAGGGUGAAUGCAUCCCUUCAGGAGUGCUUAAUGUCACGAAAUGUCGAUACGGGGCGCCUGGUUACGUCUCUUUUCCACAUUUCUUCCUCGCAGAUGAAUCAUAUAUUAAUGCAGUUGAAGGCUUGAAACCUGACCCUGAGAAACACACACUUUACAUAACAUUAGAGCCUGAGACUGGAAUUCCUCUUGAUGUCUCAGCAAGGUUUCAAGUGAACAUUCAAUUGUCACCAUAUGAUUAUCUUAAUAUAAUGAAAGACGUUCCAUCAAUUGUAUUUCCGAUGUUGUGGUUUGAGCAUACAGCUACAAUCACACCGAAUCUCGCUUUUCUAGUCAAGCUUGCUUUAUACGCUCCGAUGAUUGGUGUAACGUGCUUUUUGCUCAUGGCACUCGGAGGGCUGUUUUUACUCGGCUACACCAUCUACUUAGCUUUCAAAGGGAGGCGAAGGAUGCAUAGGAAAGUUCAAACAGAGAUGAAAGGAAUAAGUUUGGUGCAGAACAGUUGUGAACAACCAUUCCUAUUAAAAAGAAAGGCUAGUGAUGUGCCUAAAGUUAUCUCAACUAAGACAACGCUAAUUAAUUAAGCAAAUAAGAAUAGGUAAAAAAACGACUGAAAAGAUUUUAAGAAUGUAAAUAAUUUGAUUAAGAUGUUAUUUAUUGUAAAUAUUUAAAAAAUAUAAAUACUUUUUUCUUAUGGA